CAGUAAAUUUCAACUGUCAAAAUCCAAUCCAAUCCUUCUAACGGAGCGUUUACAUUUGUUGUCGGGGGUUAUGGUAUGCAUUUGCCAUACUUUGCGAUGUUUAUGUGACCCAUGUCUAAGAUGGAAGUAAGAUUUCUUUACAAUGGAGAAUUUUUCCAUGCUCAAUGGAACCAGUAAUGGCAUCUCAAAUGGAGAUGAGUGCAUUGAGACUUCAGCAAGUUCAAGUCGGGAUGCAGUGCCAACUUCCCAAACAUCGCGUUCCAACUCCCCUCUUGCACCCGAGGUGUGCGCUGACUCUUCACCUCCUACACAAACCAGCCCGACUAAAGCAGCGCCUACGCCUGUCCUUGUGCACGAAGUGUGUGCCGCAAAACCACCUUCCAACGUAGCAGAACUGUCGACCAAAGCUGACGACAAUGUUGAUUCUGAAAGUAGCAGCGUAAUUGUUAAGCAGGAGCACGGAAGUGCUAAAAAUGAAUCGUCCGCUCACGCGUGCAGCACUCGGCUCGACUCGGAGUCCGAUAGUUCUUCGCGUGUAUCCGAGACUGCGGAUCACCUGCAAGAGGCAUCCGGUGCCGAUAGGGUUAGCCCAGAGGUGGAGCCACGCUGUGGACGCACUCCCACAGAGUUGUCCUUUUGCAGUCAAGAAAGUGACGACAGUGACGUUUUGCUUUCUGAGUUGGAGUCGGAACUUGAUGGAGGCGAAUUGUCAGAAUCUUCUAGGGCUCUCUGGCACAUGCGGAAUGGGUCCAAGCAGGGAUUCAGGGAACACACCAUGGGUGCGGAUGUGCUAGAGAAGCUUCAGCAGAGCAAUGCACAGCUCAUGAGCCAAGUUGCUGCCCUCAAGGACCAGAUAUCUAUCCAGGAAUCGGAGCACCAGCGUGUCCUGGCCCAAACACGAGCAGAGCUCCUCUCCAGGAACGAAAAGCUUGUCAAGCAGCAAGAAGCCAUCACCAAGGAGAAGGACGCCAUGGUAGUGCGAUAUGCCACGAGCGAAAGGGAGGUGAUUGUCGCCCGCAAGGCUCUGGAGGACGCGGAGAGGAGGCAGAAGGACCUCGUGAAAGAACGGGAUCAGUAUUUCAGCCGUGUCAGGUCCCUGAACAACGAGCGUGCGCGGCUAUGCAGCAGUCUAGACACUAAGCUUGUAGAUAUAGCUAAAUUGCAAAAGGAGCAGGAGAAGCUGAAGGAAGAGUUGUCGUCGCGCGACAUUAAAAUUAAAUGGGCGCAGAACAAGCUCAAGACAGAAGUCGAUGCGCAUAAGGAAACACAGGUAAAGCUGGAACAGUGCCAGAUGCGACUGAGACAGACCCGAGAAGAAGCGGAGCAGGUUCGUAAAGAUUGCCAAGAGAUGGUGCGCAAGUAUCAGGAGUCUGAGGAGAUAAAGUCAGCAUCUUUGGACAAUGAACUGAGGAAGAAGGAAUCUGAAUUAGAGGAACAGAAGCUGGUUAAGGAAAACCAGGAAGAGGUCUAUCAGAUGAUAAAGCAAGAGUCCGAAAUGCUGAAAAAGAAGCACAAGUUGAACAUAGAAGAAAAUAAUACCUUGACUAUGAAGAUUCACAACCUUGAGAAGGAACGCUUAGAAUAUGAACAGACCCUUAGUAAGCUGAAGGAGAAGCUCAACGCUUUGAACCAGGAAAUAGUUGACCUCACAGGAAAGUUAGACGAAAAAAAGAACUUAGAAUUGCAGAUGGAAAGAGAGCGAGAAAAAGUUGCUGCUGCCCAGCAAGAAGUAGAGCGGAUGCGGCAGACAAAUGCAGAACUCCAGGCUGACAUGGAAGCCUGCCACAUCAAGGAAGGGGAACUACUAGAGUUUACUGAGAAGCUGACUACAAAAAGUGUCCAGCUACAAUCAGAGCACACACUGUUGGAGCUGAAGGCUCAGAACUUGGAAGAAGAAAAUACUAAUUUGAUGCAGCAAGUUUCACGGCUUGAAAAGGAUUCGGAAGAACUGACUGCAAGCCUGGAACAGGAGAAAAGGCAGCGCCAACAGGAGAAUCAACUGCUGGCUCGGAAAUUGGCUGAAAAGACAAAGCUGGUGGAGCAGCUGACUGUGAAGGUGGAGGAUGCUGAGAAUGAACAGAAAGUCAUGAAAAGGAGGCACAUUUCUAGCGUUAAGGAGCUGUCUCGUGAACUGCAACAGUCUAGGAAGAGGUUGGAGCAGUACGAAACGUCGCCUCCCAGUUCCCAUCAGCAGCCGUCAUCAGAGGUGGCUAGCCUAGGGUCUAGAGCCAGUUCGACGACAUCCCUCGAAACAAUUGGAACGAGCAUGCACUCAAUGCCUCACCCUGCCUCUGGCCACCCGACUGUGUCCUUUGUCAACGCUGGACGUCCCGCAGUUCGGACAAGACGAGCUUUUAUGCAUGCUUCAAGGAGUGCUGCGCUUACUAACAGUGCUUCCGAAAGUGCCACUAGCAGCAGUGCCCCUUCACCACACCAGUCUCCUGCCCCCCUCGAAGUGGACAAGCAGCUGCUGGUCGAGCGAAUCGUGCGUCUUCAGAAGAACCUGGCAAAGAAAAACGAUAAGAUUGAGUUUCUUGAGGAGCACGUAAACCAACUCCUGACAGAAAUUAAGAAGAAAUCAAAAAUUAUUCAGAACUAUAUAACGAGGGAAGAGGCUGGUGCACUUGUUCCUACGGCAAUGGAUAAGAAUAAGGCUGAGCUUUCAAAGAAGGGUGGCAUCAUGGCUUCAGUUUAUAACUGCCAGCCUGUGGAUACCAGCAUGACAUUGGAUUUGUCAUUAGAGAUUAACAGAAAGUUGCAGGCAGUAUUGGAAGAUACCCUUCUGAAAAAUAUCACUCUGAAGGAGAACAUUAACACGCUUGGUGAGGAAAUUGCACGGCUGACGAGAGAAAGAUCCCGUGUCAAAUGAUACCAUCUCCCUCCUCUCAAGAAUAAAACCGUGUGUAUAGACAAACUUUGGAUGUGCAUUUACAUGGUAAAGAUAUGGUUCAAAUAUGUAUUUUUCAUGUUAUAUAUAUAUAUAUAUAUGUAAUUAGACGUUCUCUUUGGAGGAAUCGUAUUUACUUGGGUUGUCACAAGUCGAUAGCCAUUGAAUGUAUUUACACAAUCAUUUCUAUGUGCCCUGUAUACUGCAUAGUUGAAUAUUAUGUCACGUGCCUUGUUCGCCAUUCUUCUGCAAGCAGUGAUGAUAAAUUGUUUCUUCCAUUCUUAGCUACACGUUCUUCACAGCUCUUCUCCUUUUUGUGCAUUGUUCUUGCCCCGACUGGAUCUACGGACAUCAUAGUUUUGUAACCGUUUUGUUCUCAUAAAACCAUAUCAUUCGUGGAACCAUCGAUACGAGGCAAAAAUGCAGAUUCAUAGUUUCUGGGGAAGCAGUGUGGCCUGGCAGCUUGGGACUUUUUGCAGUACUUGCCGUGGCAUCUAUGCUUUCUAUUGCGCCGCUUCUAUAGCUAGCUGCAGUUCACUUGUCACAAAGUACCUUGGUAGUCGUACUUCAGUACCGCCAAAAGCCCCAAGUUUGCCAGGUGACUAAACGAAUGACGAUACGAUACAUAAAAUGUAAGUAAAGUAUUCACCAAUGUUUCACUCUUGUGCAGAGCCAGUCAAAACAGCUGGUGAUCUCUGUGGUUACUGUAAACCAUUACAACAAUGUGCAAUUACCGUUAAAGAACCUUUUAUUUGUAGAAAUAAAUAUUUAUUUCAUCUUGCCAGAA